AUGGACAGCCUGUGUGAGACCUUCCUCAGCCUGGAUGAUGGCCUGGACUCUUCCGACACUGCUGGCCUGCUGGCCUCCUGGGACUGGAAAAACAGAGCCAGGCCCUAUGAACUGAGCCAGGCAUCCCCCACUCAGAGCCUUUCCCCAGUUCCGUCGCUGGAGUCCUACUCUUCCUCUCCCUGUCCUGCUGGGACUGGGCUGCCCUGUGGGCAUAGUGGGGCCAGCACAGGAGGCAGCGAUGGCUGCAGUAGCCACGGAGGUGGAGGCCUCGUAGAGCUGGACUAUAAUAUGUUGACUUUCCAGCCUGCCUACCUACAAGGUGCUGGUGGCCUCAAGGGCCAGAAGGGCAGCAAAGUCAAGAUGUCUGUCCAGCGGAGACGCAAGGCCAGCGAGAGGGAGAAGCUCAGGAUGCGGACCUUGGCAGAUGCUCUGCAUACCCUCCGGAAUUAUCUGCCCCCUGUCUACAGCCAGAGAGGCCAGCCACUCACCAAGAUCCAGACGCUCAAGUACACCAUCAAGUACAUCGGGGAACUCACAGACCUCCUCAACAGUGGCAGAGAGCUCAGGCCCCAGAGUGUGUGA